UCUACGACUACGAGUAAAGUAGGCUGAAAUGGAAGGUAUGAAAGUAUUCAAUCACCAUUCAUUUCACCUACAGAGUCACUCUAAUGAUCAACAAAAGCUUCAAUUGUUUUCUACGGUACCUCUUUAUUCCAGAAACGUUUCUUUUAUCAAAAAACCAUCUUCAAUUUCUAGCAAUUCUCAAACUCUAUUCACUUCUCUCAAUUUCCUUGAAACCCCAUCUCAGAAACCACAAAACAAAAGUGGGUUUUUAAGGAAUAAGCUUAUUACGGAGUUUACAGUACAUGGAUUGUUCGAAGAUGCUAUAAGGGUUUAUGUUAGAAUGCUUCAAAAUGGUUUUCAAGUUCAAGAUUUUAAGUUCUUUCCUUGUUUGAUUAAAGCAUUCGGGGGACUUUCUGAUGUUAAAAGAGGCAGGCAAAUCCAUGGGCAUGUAUUAAAGUCAGGAUUUUUAGCUGAUAUUUAUGUUGUGAAUGCGCUUUUGGGAAUGUACUUUAAAUGUGGGGAAAUUAAGGAUGCAGUUCAAAUGUUUGAUAAAAUGAGUGAAAGAGAUUUGGUUUCAUGGAAUUCCAUGAUAUCGGGGUUCUAUCAAUCAGAGGAUUACUUGGAUUCGUUGAUGAUCUUUAGUUUGAUGGUUAAGGAACAUGGGGUGUUCCCAAAUCGGGUAGGUUGUCUCUCUGCUCUCUCAUCAUGUGCUUCAACUGAGUCAUGGAUUCUUGGUAGAGAAAUUCAUGGAUUUGUUGUGAAAAAUGGAUUGGAAAGUGAUGAGUUUUUGGUUAGUGGAUUGAUUGAAAUGUACAUGAAAUGUGGAGAUCUAAGAAAUGCUGAACAUGUUUUCAGGAGUAUAGUUAAUAAAGAAUUAGUGAGAAUAAAUACUGUGAUUUGGAAUGUGAUGAUAACGGGGUAUGUUUCUAACGAGUGUUUGUAUAAGGCUCAGGAAUUAUUUGUUGAGAUGUUGGAGUUAGGAAUUAAACCUGAUUCUUCAACAAUGGUGGCUGCUUUAGUUUUGUGCUCACGGUUACCUGAUUUAAGUGUAGGAAAACAAAUCCACGGAUUGAUACUUGCAUUUGGAUUAGAAAAUGACACCAGAAUUCAAACUGCUCUUAUAGAGAUGUACUUCAAAUGUUGUCGUCCUGAAUCUGGUUUGAAAAUCUUCAGAAGAUCUCAUAAUGAUAACUUGGUAAUGUGGGGAGCAGUUAUAUCAAAUUCUACUCAGAAUGAUUGCCCCUUUGGGGCAGUGGAAUUGUUCUGUAUCUUUAUGUUAAAGCAUGGCUUCCCUGAUUCUCUGAUGCUUUUGGCUGUGUUGCGGGCAUGCUCAUCCUUGGCUCUCAAGUCUAAAGGCAUGGAAAUCCAUUGUUUAGCUGUUAAAACAGGAUACAUUUCUGAUUUUUAUGUUGGUAGUGCUCUAGUUGAUAUGUAUGGAAAAUGUGGAGAUAUUGAGUCUGCUCAAAAUGUUUUUUCCAGGUUACACUGCAAGGAUUUGGUCUCAUGGAAUGCCCUAAUAUGUGGAUAUUCUCAGAAUGAGUGGGCUGAUGAAGCUUUAGCAGCAUUUCGUGAUAUGCAGUGUGAAGGUCUUAGACCCAAUACUGUAACAAUUGCAUGUAUUCUCUCUAUUUGUGCUCACUUGUCAGUUAGGGUUCUGUGUAAGCAGGUUCAUUGUUUCUUAAUACAGCAAGGCUGGAAGUACAAUGUUCUUGUGAGCAAUUCUCUAAUUGCUGCUUAUGCCAAAUGUGGAGACGUCAAUAGCUCAUGGAUUAUAUUUGAGAAUAUGCAUGAAAGAAAUCAAGUAUCCUGGAAUACAGUAAUAUCUGCCUUAGGAAUGCAUGGCCACACGGACAAAAUGUUUGUUUCCUUUGAAAGCAUGAAACAAGCAGGCAUGAAGCCUGACUAUGUAACUUUUACAGCCCUUCUUUCUGCUUGCAGCCAUGCUGGGAGGGUUGAUAUGGGAUAUAAAUUUUUUCAAAGCAUGGUUGAAGAAUACAAACUUCAGCCUCAAGUUGAGCAUUACACUUGUAUGGUUGAUCUCCUAGGACGAGCUGGCCACCUCAACCAGGCAUAUGAUCUGAUCAUGGCCAUGCCUUGUGACCCUGAUGAUCGUAUCUGGGGUUCACUUCUUGGAUCUUGCAGAAGUCACGGUGAUGAAAAGCUGGCUAAGGUUGUGGCCAAUCACAUAUUCAAACUUGAUGCCACAGGUACUGGUUAUCGUGUCCUCCUUGCAAAUCUUUUUGAUGAUUUGGGGAAACCAAGUGAAGUUGUUAAGAUUAGAUCAGAAAUUAAAGACAUGGGGCUUAAAAAACAGCCUGGAUGUAGUUGGAUUGAAGUUGAUAAUAACAUUCAUAUCUUUGUUGCGGGUGAUUGUUCACACCAUCAAUCUGAAGAGAUAUAUGCUGUGAUAGAGAGUUUAACACUAGAACUAAAAAGGGCAGGAUAUAUUCCCCAUUUUCCCUUAAGAAGUCUAGCGCUUGAUAACACCGAUUUUUAAUGUCUCUUUGUUAAGAAUGACAUGGUGUGGCAUAAUUGGGUGUGAACAUGUUCAUAGCAAAUUUUACCGGAACAUUCAAAAAUACUUGUAAAUCUAAUGGUAGGUUUCUUGUGCUGUCAUUGGUGGCUAUUUGCUUUCUGCCUUUAGAGGGAUUCAGAUAUGAGACUAGGGACUGUAAAAAGAAUUGUUGCCUAUUUGGAGGCAUUAUUGAGCUCUUGCAUGCCCUUCUCUAUGUAUCUUUGCUAGCGAUUCUUUUUAUCUUAGUGGAUUUAAAGGUAAAUUUUUGCUUGUUUGUUAACCCUUAUUUUCUACAUUUAGGUGUUCUGUUAUUUUUCAUCAGGAUUAUAUUUUUACUUUUUCAUACUAUUCUAUAUCUGUUAAAUUUUCUUUCUUAAUGUAUGCUGCUAGUGUAAAAUUACUAAUGCUGUGCUUAUAGGGGCUACAAGAUU